AAUCCGUGGUCACUAUUGCGAGAAAACAUCCACGGUGAACGUUCUUACGGGCUCGCGCGUCUUUCAAAUGCGCGUCACCGGAGAACAACUAACCGUAGCCCGUAGAAAGUUGUAAACGUGUUAUGUAAUUCAAAAUUCAAAGGAUAAAUGUUAAUUAAAACGACGAACGAAGAAAUAGCGAAAAGCCUUGAGGAAAUUCGAGUUUGUACGAGCCCUUGUAAAAAUAUGUACGUGCAAUUUUUCAUAGGAAGAAAGUACUGUCAGAUCGUAGGUGAUACUGUUUCAUUCAUCUAACAAAACUAAUUUACUGGUUGCGAUGCCCCACUGCACCACCAAUUUUGCCUGGUACUUGGGAAAGUUCAUCGCAGGAUUCACAGGGAUGCUUUUCUUCUAUUUUGGUUUCUUGAAAGAGAGGGAAUAUAAAUGUUUGUGUAAAGCAAGAAUGAGAGAGUUCGUGCGUCGUAAAGGAGAAAAUACUAAUUCCUGUCCCAUAGACGACCAUGCAGAUGUGAAUGCAAAGAAGGAGCACGAGACAAAGUCUAUGCUUGCGGGUGUAAAAAACGUUUGGACAUGGUACUCGAGGAUAAGGGAAUGGUUCCUCGAAAACGAUCCAGUGAUGAUAUCGAAGACUGCACUUGCAUUAAGCAGAGGUCUUCCUAAAAAUGACAAUGAUAUAUUAUUGAUAAAUUGCAUGUGCUGCUCAACGUUGCACGAUCAGAGAACAAAGCUUGCAGACUCGUCCACAAGCGUACGAAAAAAACGAUUGCGUAGAAAUUGUUUGUUUCGUCACUGUAGCGGAACCGUAUAUCCUCAGAAAUUCAUGAAAAGAAGAAGAAGAAAGCAUCCCUGCGUUCGUAUACGUGUCUCCCAAGACAUGGUUGUAGAUUACUGGAAGACAUGCGAUAAACUGGAACCAGGUACGAGCAAUGUUAACGAUGCAAAAAUGCACGAAAAACGUGUAGAUGCAGAAGAUAAGAAUAUAAAGGUGUUACAGAAAUCUGAGAAAGAAAUUGCAAACAAAGGUGUUAGUAAUAUGAAUUCUUUUGAAAAUGAAGAGAAACAAAAGGAUGUUGGAAAAGAAGAUUUAGAAUUAUGCAGAGAUAAAACAGAUUCAGAAUCAAAAACGUUGCUUGAAUCUUUAUGCGUUUGCAAAGAAAAAGCUAGCAUUGAUUACAAUUCUUCUAAACUGUCUGAAAUUGAACACAAUGUUGAACUGAAUCAAACUUUUUGUCAGUGUGUUAAUAAACAGAAUAUUUCUGCAGAAGUAGCCAACAUUAGUAGGAAGAAACAUUGGCCGAAAUGCUUCAGUAAAGGUACUCCUGAAGUGCACGCGAACGAUACUGUAUGUAGAACCGAGAAAAUUGAUGCAGAUAAAUAUUCUUCGAGAAAGACCUUGUUUAAGGAAUCGGAAAGCGACACGAGUAUCAGUGAAUCAAUGAUCACGGAUAAUGGCAUGGAUUCCAUUUUAUAUCGCGAAUUACGUAAAAAAUGCGUAGAAAAUAGAAAAAAUAUCGACGAAAAGACUGAAGACUUGUUUGAUAAUGUAUCAUCGUUUUUUUCGAGGCAGAAACAAAAAUGCAAAUCAAAACGGUUUGUAAAUAAGCAUAGAUUUCAUUGGAAAGAUACAUGUUCCAUUACUGAUCGACAAAACGAUGACACGUUACAGAAAAAAAACCUGUCAAAACAUUUUUCUCAAAAUUGCUUUUGCACCGCAAAUUAUAACAGUUCUCGAGAGUCAUCAUACUCAAAACUACGCCCUUAUCAUCGUUGUAAAGUGUUUACAAAUUUGCGAAAGAAUAACUGUCCGUGUGAACAUGUAAACACGAAGAAGAAGAAGAAUAAUAAUCAUUCGGUCACUAAAACUCGUCCGUCCAAGUAUACAGCACAAUCACUGCGCUACAAAGAAAAGCCUACAUUAAUCAUUUUCAAGAAUAAUAAAUCCAACAGGUCAAAAAUUCUUGAAGAAACGAAAUUCGAUAACUCCACAUAUUCGUCGUCGUACAGUUCGUCGACGAUUCUUACAGACAUUACUGUAAAUUCUCUUCAAGACGAUCCAGUUGUCUGUUGGUAUCCCCAUUACAAAUCAUCUCGUUAUGUGUCUUCAACCAGUCCACAGAAAUAUAGUAAGUACAACACAAGAAUCAAUCCCAGUGAACUAGUAUCCUCGUCGUCGUGUUUAUCUUCGUCCAAACGAUGUCAUUCUUCGGCGAUAAUGUCACAAAAUUCCGUUUACAACGAGCAACGAUCAGUUUCUUCCUUCUCCUCCUCCUGUACACGUAUACCACGAUGGGAAAGAAGAUACCCAAGGAUCGAGAAAAGAACAAAAAUCUGCUAUUCUUCACCUUCAUCCUCGUGUUCCUUGACAUCUCUGUCAACGUACAGAGAUAACUAUAACUUAGAAAGGAGUAAUAUUAAUCAGACCACUUGCAACAGAGUGAUGAAGAGAUUAACUGAUGAAGUGAAGGAAUUGAAGGAAACACAAAAAUCGUGGCGACGGCCAAGAUGUUGUGAACAGGAGGGGAGAAUAAUAUACACGGAUAAACCUCACGUUGCUUGGAACCUUAAGAAUACGUAUUAGAUAAGUAGUAAGAAUAAUAUAAACAGUGUAGAAGAAAAUAAUCUCGCUUUAUGCGCUUUAUAAAGAAAACGAUAAAUUGGAGCAUGGAAGAAUAUUGUAACAACGAUCGUUUAAAUGAUUCUUUUAUACAGUAAGAUAAUGCAUAGAGAAUCCAAGCGUGGACGCUUGUAAUUAAAUUGUGCGACAAUGAGAAAAGCGUAAGCAAUAACAGUAACGAGUACACAUAAUUGGCAGGUACCGAGUUAGCACUGAAACUCCAUGAAUAAAUUGGACGUGGUGCAAAGGAGUGACGUGUCUCGUUGGACGCUUGGAAAAUCUGAAACUCGAUUAAUACGCGUCGUGUCUGUAGGUGAAGAGUCUAUAAGUAGAUCUUCUACGGACACGAACGUCACUCAUAUUCAUAUAUUAUAUGUUCUGACCUGGUAGACGAAAGCUUCCUUUAACGCUAACGAGAUAUCCACAAUGGUUAUUACUAUACAUGCAUCAUGCAAUGCAACGAUAUACAUCUUUGCCAAAAAUUUCAGCUACAAUUUAGUCGACGAAGAAAAAUAUGUUUAAUUCGUUGUAUAACGCUUGUAGGUUUUUCAUUAGACAUUUUUAUAGAUGUUUCUCGUUUGAUAUAUAGAUGUUGGUUCUUUGUUUUAACAAAUAAAACGUUUGCUAACUUUUCUUACA